CCUGCAGCCGCGGCCGCCACAGCCGCCGGGAGCUCGAUGGGCUUCUGCGCGCCGUCCGGUAUCUGGCUGAGUCGGGCGAGCCGUGGCGCCUCGUGCCGGGGAGCCAUUGCCGCAGCCCGAAGCCAGGUCCCGAGUGAGGGACUGCAGGAAGAGGCGACGGCGUCGGCCGCGGGAGCCCCCCCGGGGGUCUGGGACUGGCGAACCGCCUCCGGCUUCACGAUGCCAGUAUGGACAGAAUAGCUUAUGAUGCUUAUCCACACCCACCACUUUCGAGACAUUGAGCGCAAGCCGGAAUACCUCCAGCCGGAGAAGUGUGUCCCACCUCCCUACCCUGGUCCUGUGGGAACCAUGUGGUUUAUCCGCGACAGCUGUGGCAUCGCCUGUGCCAUCGUCACCUGGUUUCUGGUCCUCUAUGCAGAGUUUGUGGUCCUCUUUGUCAUGCUGAUUCCAUCCAGAGACUAUGUAUACAGCAUCAUCAACGGAAUUGUAUUCAACCUGUUGGCCUUCUUGGCCCUGGCCUCCCACUGCCGGGCCAUGCUGACGGACCCCGGGGCAGUGCCCAAAGGAAAUGCCACUAAAGAAUUUAUCGAGAGUUUACAGUUGAAGCCUGGGCAGGUGGUAUACAAGUGUCCCAAAUGCUGCAGCAUCAAGCCCGACAGAGCCCACCACUGCAGUGUUUGUAAGCGGUGCAUUCGCAAGAUGGACCACCACUGCCCUUGGGUCAAUAAUUGUGUCGGCGAGAACAACCAGAAGUACUUCGUCCUGUUUACAAUGUACAUAGCUCUCAUUUCCUUGCACGCCCUCAUCAUGGUGGGAUUCCACUUCCUGCAUUGCUUUGAAGAAGAUUGGACAAAGUGCAGCUCCUUCUCACCGCCCACCACGGUGAUCCUCCUCAUUCUGCUGUGCUUUGAGGCGCUGCUCUUCCUCAUUUUCACGUCAGUGAUGUUUGGGACCCAAGUGCACUCCAUCUGCACAGAUGAGACGGGAAUAGAACAAUUGAAAAAGGAAGAGAGAAGAUGGGCUAAAAAAACAAAAUGGAUGAACAUGAAAGCAGUUUUUGGCCACCCCUUCUCUCUAGGCUGGGCCAGCCCCUUUGCCACGCCAGAUCAAGGGAAGGCAGACCCGUACCAGUAUGUGGUCUGAAGGACCCCUGACCAGCAUUGCCACUCAGACACAAACCACAUCACAGCACUAUCGUCCGAUCUGUUCUCAUGAAUGUUUAGACCGAAAAGCAAAUCAACUACUCUAAAACUUUUUUUAUGUCUCAAGUAAAAUGGCUGAACAUUGCAGAGAAAAAAAAAGUCCCCAUGUUUUAUUUUUUAAAAAUCAUCCUUUUUGAUUUUUUGAUGACCGAAGCUGCUCUUCUUUUUCCUUUUAAAAAUCACUUCUCUGGCCUCUGGUUUCCUCUCUGCUAUCUGUCUGGCAUGACUAACGUGGAGGGUGCUGUCUCCAGGCCGUGUCCACUUCUACUAAUUGAGUGAGACGUGACGCUGUGCGUGGAUGGACUGGCCUGGUAGGAAAGCCAGGAGGGCCCUGGCCUCCCACUGCCCAGGAGGCAGUGGCAGGAGCCCAUGGGACUUAAAACUCACUGAAGAUGGAUAUUUGCCCCUUGAGGCCUGAGAAGGGCAGGAUCAGGGCUGGUGCCUUCAGAAGGGCCCGUGGCUCAGCAGCCUCCUCCCCCAAGUGGACACAGUUUGCCUCCUCAUUCACAAAAUCAGUUAUUCUGCCUUGUACUUUAUGGGCCUGGGGUGUGUAGAAUAAUUUUGGUGGGGAAGGGGGGAGAGUUGAAGGGGUCUAAUUUGUAUUCUAAAUCAGCAGUUUUAUCCCUCUGAUGAUUUCAGAAGAAAAUGAAGGAAAGGAGUUUUUCCAUUUCAAAAUGCCCUGUACAAUCAAAGGGGUGGGGGGCCAUGCAGUUUCAGGCAAGCUACAUAUUAUUCCUUUGUUACAACUACUUCCUCCCUGACCGCCCCAUCUCCCUCCCUUCCCCGGCGAGAUGUCAAUUAAGCAGUGUUGAUUCUGGGUGGAACACAUGUGCCCCACCGUCAAGCCCUUCUCAUUUUGUAAAUCUCUAACAUGGGUCCACUUUCUGCUAUUUAAGAGCCAUGGAAUGUGUGCGUACCCAUGUCUUAUUUUAACCUAGGAGACUGUUGUCCUGGCAUGGGGCUAACCAUGAUCUGGGACAACAUUUUUAAAGUUGACAGAAGAAUGUCCGCUCACUGGACUGAGCCAGGGGCACCUGGCCCUGCUGCACUGAGGAAGGCCAGCCUUUCCAUGGGAGGCACUUCCCCCACUGGGUCUCCUUUGAAAGAGGUGGUGACAAGCUAGAGGAAGGACCAAGAGUGGUGGGGAGAGGUGAGGAGAUAGGGAGUGCCCUCAGACACAAAAAUAACCAAUCUGAAUCCUGACCAUCUGUGAAUUCCUACACACUGAUUUGUUUUUUAAGCGAUUGUCACAAAUCUCCCUUUUUAGCUUUUGCUUGGGGUGGGGGCGGGGGAUAAGAUUUAUUCAGUCUAGUCCUGGGUAGGGAGAAAGUUAAUCUAGCCAUGUGAUUUUUCAGAAAAGUCAGUGGAACAUGCUGCCUCUUUUAAUUCUGUCAGUGCUUCCACAUGGAAACAAUGCAAUAAAACUUUUCCAAAACCUGCUCUGAUUUAGCUUUCCUCUCUUCCCAUGUUACCCACAGAGGAGGGUAGAUCGCCCAUAGCUGCUGAGGUUUCUCUGCUGGAGUGGUGAUUUAAUUGUGCCCUCUCUUGAAUGAAGGUUUUUUACUUAAAGAUUUCUAUAGAAAGGACAUUUAUGGUCCUUCUCAAACAAGCUGCCCCACCAGGCCUGUCUCUCUUGGCUGGCUGCCGUCUGAAUUGCCUGCUUGGUGUUGAUGAGCUCUUAGUGGCUCUAGCAAGUCCUUAAGUCUCUCUGGAGUUUGUGAGCAGAGCCACCCAGCCAAAAGCCAAGUCCAGCCAGAGGAAAACAUUGCAGAACUCUGGUGAGUGCUGUUCUGGUGCAGUUCUUUGAGGAGCUUUGGCCUCGGGUGGCAUGUUGCCAGGUGAGAGACGGCACCCUUGAGCAACUCUGUGACCCUCCCUAAGGCAGGUAACUUGAACUUGCCUCUACUGUGCUAUUCGUGCCAUAGAAUCAAGCCUCAGUUCUUAAGUGUUUUUUUAGAAAGCCUGCUUUUAAUCAAGUUCAUAGCAUUUGUUCUCCAUAUACAUUCUUUUUUUUUUUUUUUUAACAUUUCAUUUAGGUACAUGAAAGAAGAGUGGCUGUUAGAUGACUCUUAGCAGUUAAGAAGGAAUGGGUCCCUUGGGAGACAAUGCUGCAGCUCUGGUCCUCCCCCUAGGGGACAGGGACUGGUACUCAGGAAAUAGCUUUUACGUAUUUGGAUGUCCUCAGAACCCUCCAUCUUCAAGGACAAUUUUAAAGUGACGUGUGUUGCUGCUUUUCCCAUGGAAUUUCAAAGGAAUGCAGUAGAUAGUGCUGCAUUGAAUUUUUUUUGUUCUAAAAAUAGAAGCUCAUGAUUUAAACCUGAGUGUACCGAGUUUCUCUCUCUGAGAGGAAAGGUUCUUUCAAACAUCCCAACUGAUUGUAUCUCUGGAUUUGUACAAGCCCUUAGACUGGAUAGAGUGACUGUCCCUAGCACUCAAGUCACAAUAAAAUGCUGCACUCAGCUUA